UAUGUUACAAACCAAAAUUUAUCUUGGAUUUAAUUGGCUAUAAGAAUUUAAUUUGAUUAUUAUUACUACUAUGUCUUUGUAUAAACCAAAAAAAAAAAAUUGGAAUAAAUGGUUACGCGUUAAGAACCAAGGUCCACUUGCUUUCACAAACCACCAUCCCCUGGCCAUGGCCAUGCAUAAUCAUUUAUUUGGCAGGCAACAAAACAUUAAACAUUAGUAUGGAAACAGCGUGCAUGAACUGACUCACUUGACACAUAUAUUUGCCGGAAAUAAUUGAAAGAAAAUAAAAUUAAAGGACAUAAGAAGACAUAACUUAUAAGAUUUUCACGUUGAUGGAUAUUCGUUCUAAUAUUUUGUCGCCUCUCUUUAAGUUUUAAUUAGUAAAAACUCAUGAAGCCACCACAUGGUUUGUUAGGGAGAUGCUUUUCAAUUAUCAUCUUGAUCUGAUUCGGAUUAGCACUUAAUUAUUUGAUAAACACGGUAUUAAACGUGGAGCUUGCUGGAAAACAUACCGUAGUUUAGACUGCUUAGUGCUAUUAAGAUAACAAUUUAUGGGCUAAUCUAGUUCCUCAUUUAGCGGCGGUACGUGUUGGUUGUCAUGACCGGUUAGACCUACAAAUCUAAUAACCGGACUAAUACUAGAUCUGGUUAACUAUAAAGCUAUAAUUGAGUUGGUUGCUUUGAAAUGCAACUUGCGUGAAUUAUUUUUGUUUAAUAAAUGCUUUACUUAGUUUGGAAUAAUACUACAACGAUGCAAAAAGGUUGACAACUCUAACAGGGUCAUGACUUCAACUCAACUCCCAACAAAGAAGAUAACACAGAUAGAAAAGGGAUAUUGGUCAUCAAUGAAUGAUUAGUCUUUGAUUAAAUUAGGACCACUUAAAAGAGUUAAUAGCACUACUUGUAGAAGAGAAUAAUUAGAACAUGAACUUUACAUGUUCCUAAUUAAUUAAUAAUUAAAGACUUCUAACAUCUUACCAAAUUAUUGGCCACUAUUUGUUAUACAUCAAUUAUGUAUAUAGUUGGUUAAUUUUUUGUCAAUACGUAUAUAGUUGGUUUUAGUUUAAAUGUUAGGUUUUAUCCUUUUGUAGCAUUGUGGUGAAUGUUUUCUAUAACCGAAUGAUCUUUCUAUCACGAAUUCAUAUUUCAAGAAUGUUCUCAUUGUUUGAAAAUGUACAUGCAUGUAACUCGUGCAGUAUAGUAUAUAUAUAUAUAUAUCAUAUAUGGUUUACAAACUUAUGAUUUUGUCAAUCUGUAUACAGUUGGUUAUCGUUUAUAUCAAGUGGUAAAUGUGUUUUUAGUCAAAUGUUAUUUUUAUUUCGUUGCAACUUCCGUUGUUUUAUUUUUUUCACCUUAUUACACAUCCAUAUUUCAAGAAUUUUUUCACUGUAUGGUAUGAUUUUAUAAUGUAAAUGUAGACUUGUAUAUAAUCCACCUCAAAAUAUUUUAUUUUAUUUAUAAAUGGAAUAAUAUGGCUACAAUCAUAUCAUGUUACUUCGUCACGAAAAGAAAGCCAAAAACACAAACGGUGUAUUAACAGAUAGACGGUUCAUUUCACGCUUCGCAGACAUUAACCCAUGAGAUUCCGGAACAACACGCAGUUUUUACAAGGGUAUUAAGAAUGCCACGCAUGUCGUUGAAAUCUUUCCUUAAAGAAUGGGCCUUAAAAAGAACCAUAUUUACCUUAAACCCAUUAAUAGCCCAAUAGCCGUUUGUAAAUAAGAGUUUCUGGUAGGCCAAUACAUAUUCCAUUUUUAUAAUUCUGAAAAUAUUUAUUAGAUUUUGUUCUAAAUGUCGGCAGAUAUCUUAGGUGUCUUUAAAUAGAUAGCGUAACCCUCAGUAUCACUUAUUUUCACAAUCGCAAUUCUGAUUCUCUCUCUCUCUUAGCAUAACAAUACAGUCAUUAGGGUUUUCUUUUCACCGUCUCUCGCUAUUCGACUUUGAAACCACAUAGAAGCGUCUUCUUCGUGAUCUGAAAACCUAUAUUCGAUUCGGUGAUGUCUAAAUCGAAGAUGGAAAUAAAGGUGCAACUAAAAGAGAAGAACAAGGAGGAAGACUUGGCAAGCAAGCAAGUCUCAGAUGAACUUGAGAAGAGUUGUUUGACAGAAGAAGAAGAUGAAGACUAUUUGUCUGAUCAGAACAGUAAGAAGAGGACAAGAGUACUUAAGACAACUUCUGAAUCAGAGCAAAGAAAGAAGCGCAAGUCAAGCAAAGAACCUCGCUACAAUAAUACGUCGUCGUUUGAUGACUGGCUUUUCGUUGGUACCGUUAAUCCGCAAAAGAAGGCUAUCAAGAUUGAUGAUGAAGACAUGAACUUAAAGGUGGAGAGGUCAUCAUCAUCAGCAUGUGGAGGUUGCUUUUUCCCCAAGGCUCAGUUUUUGUCUGAAGUUGGAAUCUAUUCAUUACCAUAUACAGUCUUGUUUUAGGCCUUUGUUGUGGGCUCUAUGACUAACUCUCUCAGAGUGGGUUCAUGUAUUUUUUGUUAUUGGGCUACUAAUCUUUCCAAUCAUGUAAUCAACUAAGAACAUACCAUUAUUAGAUCCUUUUUUAUGGGAGCAAACUUAUUAGAUCAAUAUAAUAUAACAAUGAACUUAUAUAACCAACUAUUAUUUUGACUAUGAUUUUAAAAUUAGUAAUGAUAAGCAUAUCAAUGGAGAAUAUAUACAGCAAGUUUAAAGCAGGCUUGGCAUAAAGUUGAUAUGUGGAUGAUGAGUGGAAUUGUCAAUGAGACUAACUAAGAUUGGUUGGUCAGAUCCGGCUAAUUAAACAAAACUUGUGCAUGGGCAUUGGAAACAAAUUGUUUUGUAUUUUAUGAUCAUGUUUCCGUAAGUAACUGCCAAUUAUUAUAUAUACAGAUAUGGCCUUUUAAGAGAAGUAAAAUUUUAUAAAAGGACACAUGAAGACAAUAACAAUAAGGUGUUUGAUAUAAGUUAACGAAAGAAAGACACCCAGGCUGUCACAAAGAUCAACUUCUCGUUGAUGGUUUUGCUUCAAGAGGUCUUCCUCUGUUCCGUUCGUGCACAAUCCCAGUUUUCUUCAAAUGGAUAAAUAUAAUAUUACAUGUAUGCGUGUCUAUAUUCAUAUACAAUUGGACUUGGACGUUUAUUGAUAUAAAUAUAAGGAUGUGUUAUUUAAUUAAAGGUUGCUGGGAUUUUGAAAAAGACGUCGCAGCCAACGGUUACUCGAUCUUUCUUGUGGGUUUCAUAUCUACGCAGCCUACCUGAGGUUGUUGCCGCACAUAUAAGCUGUCUACUAACUAAAAACUGGUAUUUGUAAACUAUUUGUGUAUGUUUUUAUGUUGGCUCUAGAUUUGUUAAUUUUGGCCUAAUUGUUGCAUUGAACAUUAAGAAUAGAGUGCUCAUCAUGAUGUAAGAGAUAUAACACUCAUUUUUACCUUAAGUUGGAUAAUGGCUGGAUUUAAUAUUUACCAGGCCAUAUUAGGUUAUAAUUUUCUUAAAUAUAAUUUGAGGUCAUGCGACUUAUGUAUAAUAGCUGUGAAUGUUUUAUAUGUUUGUGUCCAGAAUGUUGUAUAUCACUAUGUUUUUUUUUUUUUUUUGCUAAGUUAUAUCACUAUGUUUAACUUUAACUUUUGAACAUUGUCACUUGAGUUUCUUCUUGAUUGUUUUAUCAGUGAUACGCUUGCUGAAAACAUUAUACAUUUACGUUGAUUUACCACCUUCAUUAAUCCAAAGUGUACAAGGUUGAUGAAAGGAAGUUUAUACUAUAAAUAUAAGUAUGGAUUUGUCGUUUGACUGUCGGAAGAAACUAAACCGCAACAGCCAGUUCCAGCCUGUAUGGCUGUAUCUAAUCGUGUAAUAAUUGGCCUCUACGUGCAUGCAUAUGCAUAUAUAUGCCAUACAUAUAUAUUGGUGAGAGCUAGUAUUAAUGAGACAAGGAGCCUUUUUUACUUAUACAUUAACUUCUCUAUUGAGUCCUUCGAUCCAUGGCUGCUACUUCAUCAUCAUUUGGUGCACACGUGCGUUCAACAAGCUGGCCCGAAAACGUUCAUCCUCUGUCACGAUCCAUCGAAGAUCAUCUUCUGAUACUUAAGAAAAGUCCAGAGUCUGCUUGUCGGAAACUCGGAGUUUUAAAGAACAUGUACGAGGUGGUCGAAGUUUUCCUCCGUUUUCAAUCGACCAAAACUCAAAAAGCGUUUCUAGAAGAUGUCUCCGAUGGGUUUCUUGAGGUUCUUGAUAUCUGUUACACGAUCAGAGACGUUUUGAUGGAGGCAAAAGAGCAAGUCAGAGAACUCGAGUCGAGCUUGAGGAGGAGAGUGAUCAGAAGCAAAUCAGGAGGAGAUCAUGAUGCUUUCUUGACACGUGAGAUCGACGCAUACGUGUUUAAGAGAAGAGUCUUGAGCAGAAAGAUUGGCAAGCAGUUGAAGAUGAAGAUUAAUAAGAAGAAGAAAGAUUGUGGAGGUGCCAUCAAUGUGAUGAAGAAAGUUAAGGAGACGAGCUUCGAUGUUCUUGUUUCUUUGUUGAUGGAAGUGGUGACGAUGAAUCAUAAGCAGAUAUCAAGAAGUGGUUGUAGAGGAAUCAUGUCGAGGAUGUUUAACAAGAAGAAUCAAGAAGUUGAAGGUGAUGAGCUGAAGAAGUUGAUAGAAACAGAGCAAAUGAUUGAAUCAACAGAAGGAGAGUUGGAGUGUGUGUAUAAGAAAUUGUUGAAGACGAGAGUUUCUCUUCUUAACAUGCUUACUCAUUGAAACUGAAACUAUGUAACUUUCCUAGAAACUUCAGUUAUUGUGCAUAUUACAUUAGAUUAUACAAUCACAAGCUUGAACAAUGAGCACACUCAUCACUCACUAUCUCCACCGCAAAUGUUGCAAGAUAGAGCUGGUAUGCGUUUGCAAUAAUGGACUUUUACAUUGAGAUUAAUGGGAUUGAUGGGUUGUCUUGAAAAGAGCUACCUCAAUGAAAUUCUCAAAAAUAAUAAAUAAAUAUGAGUAAUUCAAAAUGUUAACAAACGCAUGCAAAAAUAUCUUAUACUCAUAUAUUAUUUACAAUUAAUCUUGUUUCUCAAACUUAUUAUAUUAAUUUUUGUUUAUCACUUUUUAAGAACCUCUUGAGAUAUUAAGAAACUGCUUAAUAAUGUCUAUGCAUGAUGGUGGCAACAAAAAUCAUAUAAUACAUGAAUGAUUGAUUAUUCGUGUAGUCCUUUUCAAAUGGGAAAAUCGAAUAAUAAGAUUUCUCCACUAACAGCAGAAUAAACAUAAUGCAUUUGUUGAAAUAUAUUAUUGAUAAGAAUCUAAUUAUAUAUAUUUGAGAUUAAUUUGAGAAGAGAUUCAUUUGUUGAAACUAACCUGAGAUAUAAAAUCUUACUAAUUACAAAAUCUAAUCUAGCAGUCGAAUAUAUGCAUAGGUUGAGCCGUCGAGGUUUACCUUAUAAGUGAUAAACAAAUUAGAUGGAGUUGAAUGUUUGUUGUACGUAGAAGCCAAAAGGUUCAUUGUUUCUUAGUUGGAAUUGGUAGAAAACUUUAGGGUUUUAAAGAUUUUUUUUUUCUAAGGAAAAAGAUUUACAAUUGUUUUUAGUAUACUGUUUGGUUUAUAAAGAUCCAUAUGGACUUGCUCAAAAAAAAAAAUCCAUAUUGAUCUGUUUUUCUUUGUAGUUUCAAUCUUAUAACCAUUGAAAAUUAAUAUAUGUUGAAUAUAGGUUUGUUUAAUACAUAAGAGAGUGAGAAACACAAAAAUAUAUUUUAUACAUUAACAUUUCUUCUCUGACAAGUGAUAAAACACGUAACACAAUAUUUUAACUUUGAUCUAAGAUUAAAAUAUUUUUCAUUCCAUUUUAUUUAGACUCUUAAAUUCCAAAUUGCUGAAAUUAUCGACACAGCCUGGCACCGUCGCUCGUGCAUGCAUGGUAUAUACUUAAACCUGAUAAACAAUAAAAUAAAUUAUUUAAAACUAUAUAUUAUACAACAGGAUAUCAAAACAAAUCCACAAUGUAUU